GCAUCACAAGGCAAAAUAGGGCAAAUAGGUUUCUUCUCCGCUCUUAGGUAGCGGUCCAGCUAACUGUAAAGCUAACCAUGCCUGGGAAAUGUAAAUUCCAGGAUUCCUGGCUGACAAAGGACGCCUUUAAGGACUGGCUGAUGAAGGACGCCGAUGACAUCCACUUCGCUCGGUGCAGGGCCUGCUGCAAAUCAAUCAAACUUCAGACCAUGGGCGAGGCUGCUCUCACCAGCCACGCAGGCGGAGCUGGCCACAAAGCGGCGGUCCGCAAGCUGCUGGAAGGCAGUUUAAUAGGCGAUGCAAGACAGAUGAAUGGCAACAUAAAUCGGGUAGAGAAGAGCAAGGAGGCGCUCACCCUCCAGCGUGAAACUUUGGACAGAAUCACAGGCAGCGACUGGUCAGCGCUGCACCAGAGCCCCACCACAAACUCCAGCUCCCACAAUACAGAGCUGCAGGAUGCAUCAUUUCCUGUUGCCCACCUCACCGCCCCAGGAACCUCAAGGACCAUCAGCCACCAUCUUGAGGGAUCUGACAUCAAGGAGGAGGACAUCAGCCGCCGCCUAGCUCAUCACAACACUGUGGACAUUUCUAGAUUUGAGUUUGAGCAGCGAGCGGAGGCCUUGGAGCAGCUGGAACAGAUGAAGAUCCUGGAGUGGGAAAACAGGAUGAAGGUGCUUGCGUGGGAACAGGAGCUGGUAAGGGAGAAAAGGAAAGCAACUCGACAGAAGGAGAAGGCCUUCAGGAUGAAAAAGGCCUAUUACAAGGCCAAGCUAAAGAGGCUGGGCGAAGAAGUUCCACCAUCCUCCUCCAGCAGUGGUGACGAAGAAGAGAAAAUAUCAGAGCUUAAUGUUUAAUCUGGUUUAAAGGGGACCUGUUAUGCAACAUUCACUUUUUUGCACGUUUUUAUACUUUCAUUUGGCCUGCUGCUGCUUCUAAAACAGUGUAAGUGCUAAAAAAAAUCUCAUCCAGCUAUUUUCUGGCAAUAAGUAAAUGUUUUGUUGGUGUCUUCCUUCCUUCCUUCCUU